GUUCCUUUUCCACGCACCCAAUACAACUAUUUGCACCAUUUGUAGUACUGCAUGUGUGUCAUCAAUCCUUAGCUUUCAUAAUGGCAAAUCCCGAAAAUAUAACACUCCUCCUCCUCCUCCUGCUUAUUAUAUACCUUUUUGCCUUUCAUCCAAUUUCAGCUUCCCAUUUCAACACUACAAACACCCAUUCUUUGCUCCAAGCAAAUGAAUUAGAAGUGGCUUCUUUGUUGACAUGGAAGUCUAGCCUUGACCUCAAAACUCAAAAACUAUUGUCAUCAUGGGUUAACGUUGUUGGUGGCACCCACUGCAAUUGGACUGGAAUUAACUGCAACCUUGAUGGAAGCAUUACAUCCUUGAACCUUACUGGAUAUGGUUUACAAGGGGGGAGUCUAGCACAAAUUUUGAGUGAUGAUGAGAAAGCACUCCAGUUGGCAUGGUUGGAAAGGAUAAAUGUGGUCAAAGCUGUGGCUAAAGCUUUAUCGUACAUGCACCAUGAUUGUUUACCUCCUAUUAUUCAUCGGGACAUAUCAAGCAAAAAUAUUCUGUUCGAUUCUGAGCAUGAAGCUCAUGUAUCCGAUUUCGGGACAGCAAGAUUUUUGAGCCUUGAUUCAUCAAAUUGGACUUCAAUUGCUGGAACCAUGGGAUAUACAGCUCCAGAGUUUGCUUACAUUGUAGAGGUAAACUGCAAAUGUGAUGUGUAUAGCUUUGGAGUGGUAACACUUGAAGUGAUUAUGGGGAAACAUCCUGGAGACCUCAUUACAUGCCUUUCUUCAUCCUCAUUUUCAGCAAUUGAUGGCAUGCUUUUUAAGGAUCUGUUAGAUCCUCGACUACCUACUCCAAAUAGAAAUGUUACACAACAACUCGUGUUGGUUGCAAAGAUAGCAAUAUCUUGUAUGAAUUCCAAUCCACAAUAUCGGCCAACUAUGCAACAAGUUUCUAUGUUACUAUCCAAGGAAAGGGAUUUUCCCAAUUUUUCCCCUGAUAUCACCUCAAGCCAGUUCUUUGGUCUUGAAUUUCCAAAUCCAUAAAUUUGUACACUAUUCAAGGUUGAGAGCUCAAACAUUGGCUGAUAUGGCACAAGAAAUUGUGAAAAUAAAUAGUCCUUUAUGCUAUUGGCAAGUGGUCAGUAAGUAUUCUUAUAAUGAAUUGUUAGGACAAAUGAUGAUUUCUACUUGGUGGAAAACAAAAACUACUCUGUUUCAGAUCAGGUUUUAGGUUCAAGUCUUUAUUUCUAUUCUUCUUAAUUUACCAACACACACAUUUAAAGAUUCCAGUACUGCUAUCUUAAAUUGUUGGCUUGUAUUGAAGGUAUAAGAUGGAGUCGUGCUGGAUUCCAGAUAAAGCUUUUCUUUACAGUACUUGACAGCGCUUGAAGAUGAUGACUA